AUGAGGGGAAUUACCCAGAUAGAGGCGGAUCCCGCCGAUACAACCAGAUAUCUCUCUCCGACAGUCCGGUUUCGUAUUCCAGACGGUGAGUCGGAAUCCCGUCCCAAGACUGCAUUGACGACACUCACACUAUUGGGAGUCAUUUACACUGCAAGUAUCAGCGGGGGAUAUGGAUUGGAGGAGUCUGUCAGUGCAGGAGGACCUCUCUUGACGAUAAUCUUUCUAUGUCUUAUUCCAUUUUUAUGGGGCAUACCGGUGUCAUUGUGCGUUGCAGAAUUAUCCUGUGCAAUCCCGUCCAACGCGGGUCCUAUUAUGUGGGUGAAUGUUUCAUGUGCCUCGUGGUUUACAUUUUGUACUGUCAUAUGGACGGCUUUUUUAAAUUUUGUUGACAACAGCAUAUAUCCGACAGUUCUUGCAGAUUAUUGCGCGACGCUUCUGAAUCUCAAUUUUUUUGAAAAAACUCUUAUAAAAGUGUGUUUUUUGGGCAUAUGUGCAAUAAUAAAUAUUGUGGGGGUUCAAGUCGUCGGAACAUUAAGUGUAGGAGUGAUGUUGGUGACCCUUCUACCCUUUCUCUUGAUGUUUCUCUUGCAGCUUCCUUAUGGGUUUGAUUGGGAGCGAAUAGGUUACGUUCCAGAGAAUAUCAAUUGGUCAGUAUUUCUCCCUGUUGUUGCUUGGAAUUUUUCCGGGUUUGACAGCGCGGGUAAUGUCAUUGAGGAAGUAAGCAAUCCUAAUCCAACCUUUAUUCGGGCUCUUGGACUCAUGAUUAUUUCUGCCCUGGCCACGUACAUUCCUCCUAUAUUAGUGGGAGCCAGUGCUGAGGCUUUGGCGGAAACGCCAUUUGAUGAGUGGGAUAAUGGCUUUUGGGUGAAGGUGGGGGAGGCCGUUGGUGGGUAUGCGAUGGCUGUUGUAGUGACUGUUGGGGGCGUUAUUUCAACAGUGGGGCUCAUGACAACACUUUUGGCAACAACUUCUCGCUCUUUGGCGGGCAUGGGGACACUCAACGCAUUUCCAUAUUUGUCUGGAUGGUUGUCACAGUAUGACCCCAACUAUGGGACACCGAUUAAUGCCACACUUGUUAACGCAGUCGUUACUUGUCUUCUUUCUGUGUUUUUUUCCUUUCAAACUUUAGUGGAGCUGGACCAAAUUUUAUAUUGUUUGCGCCUUAUUGCGAUUCUUGUUGUGUUCUUGGAACUUCGGUUUAAGCAGCCUUUUCUAGAGCGUCCUUACAGGGCCCCAGGAGGCCUCAUUGCGGCGUCACUUUGGGGUGGUGUGCCGAUUGCGUUCAGUGUUGUCCUCAUUGUGGUAUCGAUGUUUGGGAGCGUUGUACUCUUUUUGGGCACGGUUGUAAUGGUUGUUGGAACGAUGGUUAUUUCCUACGUUGGGGUGCGUUUCUUUAGGCCGGAGGGGUUUGCGGGAGAGUUGGUUGAGGAGUACGAAGAUGCCGACAUGCAGACUUAUGGAACCGUCUUAGAACACGAGUCGAAUGAGUGGCGAAAAACUCAUCCGAACCACACAUUUAUCGACUGUGAAGUGUCGGAAGAUAAAAGCGGACAAAAACAUAAUUAA